AGAAGCGGAAGUUUAUGGGAUGCUUUUAGCAAAACGGGACAAGAAGUCAGAUAAAAGUAACUCCUACAUGUAGCUGGUGCAUUGUGAGCACAGCGGUUAAAUGCAGAGUGUAUCUUUCAAAGAAAGCUGAAAUGUCUCACAUUAAAGAGUAUCUCGACAAAGUGACACGUAUUUAUGAGCGCUACACCGAGUACGUGAGGAGAAACCCAGCUGCUACGGCGCAGCUGGAGAAUACAGUGAGGACUCUGUCCUACCUGCUCGCAGGGCGAUUUGCAGAUUCCCAUGAAAUAUCUGAACUAGUGUACUCUGCCUCCAACCUCCUGGUGCUGUUCAAUGACCAUAUUCUGCGCAAAGGGCUGCGAUGUGCCUUUCCUGUGUCCAUCUCUCAGCAGAGGCUCCUGACUUGGCUGUCUGUGCUGGAGUAUGUGGAGGUCUUCCUGGAGAUGGGGGCCUGUAAGCUGUGGGGUGAAGUUGGCCGCUGGCUGGUCAUCGGACUCAUUCAGAUUUUUAAGGCAGUUUUUCGGAUUGUGCUGCUUCUGUGGUACAAAUCUGGCAUCCAGACUUCACCUCCCAUAAUUCCCCUUGACAGAGGUGGAGACUUUGCUGGUGAAGAUGAAAAUAACAGACAGCAGCAAGACGACACCUGCUUUGUGGGCCAGCGGUCAGGACGAGUCAUUAGACCACUUGGCAGUGCGUCCUCGCUGCAGACCCGACUGUGGGGAGCACCGAAUCAAAAGAAGAGAAGCAGCUUAAAGGAGACACUGAACAGCCAGCCAACACAUCUGGGGCUUCAAGAGAUGAUUGCUGAGUCCGUGUACAUUGGACGGCCCCUAGCACACUUACUCUGCCUUGGCCUUUUUGGAAAACAGUCCUGGAAGCCAUGGCUCAUCUCUGGAGUCCUGGAGUUAUCCAGCUUUUCUGUGCUCAGUGACCUCAAGUUUCAAAAUCGAUGGGAGAGGGCUGAGAUGAGGAGGAGAGGGUUCCUCCUGUUCUACUACCUUCUGCGUUCCCCUUUCUAUGACAAAUACUCUGAGGAAAAGAUUCUCUUCCUGCUGAGACUUUUGGCUGAUCAUGUUCCAGGAGUCGGGCUCGUGGCGCGUCCUCUGAUGGAUUACCUCCCUACCUGGCAGAAGAUCUACUUCUACAACUGGGGAUAAAACCUGCUGGACACGCUUUAAUAUUGGCAAGUCAGCUGGAGAAACUGUCCAACAGAAGUGUCAGGCGCCGUGAGGCAGCAGGAACACAAAGACUCGUGCCAUAAUGGCCCAGAAAUCAGAUUAAAUGAUUGGAAAUGACUUGCCUUCAGCGAGGGACAUUUCAGGACUGAAUUCAAUACAAUCAUCAUAAUAAAAUCCCCAGCACUUAGCAAGAGGUUUUCUGGAUAGACAAACUAUGAGACAAAACAUGCGCCUCAGAGGCACAUUUGAAAACUUAUUUUUUUGUGAUUUAAACAUACACUGAGUCUGAGAUAUCUUUCUGAACUCCUUCCAUCAUUGCACUGCUUUAUCUGUCAAUUAAAUUCAUUAUAAUUCCAUUUAAUUUAUAUAGUUCCAAUUCACAACAGUUGCCUCAAGGCCCUACAAUAAUACAGAGAAAACCCCAACAAUCAGAUGACCCCCUAUGAGCAGCACUUUGUGACAGUGGG